AUGUCUACAUCAGCUAAGCCUUCCGUUCAAGAAAUUCAAAAGGUUUACGUCCUUGUUGAUGAAAGAAAGGAUGUGAAUGCUCUUAAAGAAUGUGAUGCCAUGUUGCAAAAGUAUCCAGAGUCUAGUGUUUUUCUCUCAUUCAAGGCUUUAAUUUUGAUGAAUUUAGGAAAGAGAAAGGAAUCUAUUCAACUUGUUGAUGAUGUUUUAGCACAAAAGAAGAUGGAAUUUCACGAUUUUAUUCUCCGAACAUUGAGUAUGGCUUUGGAAAAGGUACACGAUUAUAAGAGAAUUGCAGAAUUAUAUGAAAAAGUAUAUAAUGCCAUUCCGGCUCAAGCAAUUACACAAUAUGAAGAUGUGAUUGAAAAGUAUUUCUAUAGUUUGGUAAGAAGUAAUCAAACUGAAAAACAACAAACAACAGCUGCCAAACUUGCUCGUGCCUUCCCUGAUAAUCAACUUUAUUCUUAUUGGAAUAUUUGUAGUAUGUUACUUAUUGGAAAGGAAAAACCUCUUCUCUUCAAAUUGGCAUCUAAAAUGUUAGAAAAGGAAUUUUCACUUGAAAACAAAGAUGUUAAAAAAUUAGAUGGUGUUAUUUAUUCGGAAAGAUUGAGAUUAUACAUUGAAUCUGUAUUGAAUGCCACCAGUGAUUAUGAAGGUAUUAUCAAAUUGAUAAUUAAUGAUGAACCAUGGGGAAAGGAACUUGAACCUCUUCCAUUUGAUAGAAAGGCAAUUCUUGCUGGAUAUUGUUUAAAGGUUGAAAAGUAUUAUACUUUAGCCAAUGGUAUUUAUACUCAUCUUUUGGAAAAUGAAGAUUCUGAUGAAUGGCCUUGGUGGUUGGGAUUGAUUCAAAGUACAUUGUUGGCUAUUCAAACAGGACAAAGUACUACCUCUAUGGAAUGGGAAGGGAAAACAUUGAAUUGUCACACCUCUAUUGAAUCAUUACAUAAUUUUAUUAAAUCUCACCAAAAUAGCAAGGAUAAGAGAGGUCCAUACUUGGCAGAAUUGGAAUUAAUGAAAGUUUUGAAACAAAAGCAAAUGAAUGACUACAAAUUUGAAAAGGAGGCCAACGAAUUAAUUAUCAACUAUUUCAAGACAUUUGGAUCAAGAAAGAUUUGCUACGACGAUCUUAAGGUAUACCUCGAACUGGUAGCCGAUCUUAGUCAACUUUUGUCAAAAAUUUAUUCUUCAAUUGAUUCAUUGAAAGUUAAUCAAAUUGACAAGAUUGAAUAUCAAAUUACCUUCUUCAAGAUCCAAAGACAUACAAAGCAAAAUGUUUGCUGUGCAACAGAGGAUGAAUUGAUUACCACCCUCGUUUCAAACUAUGCCCAAGCCCUUCCUCUUGGUAAGAAUUUACUUGAAACUGAUAGUCAAUAUGGUGAUGAGUUUUUAUUGAUUGCUGCUCACUAUCUCUUGGAUAGAAAGGAGUAUACUUCAGCAGUUAUUCUUUUGGAGCUUGCCUUGAAGAGAUCCAAGUACAACUUCCACUUCAAGGUUCUUUUAAUUAGAGUCUAUGCAACCAUGAGGUCAUUAUCAUCACGAGCAUUUACUAUCUUUUUGAAUGAAUUGGAUGUCAAGCAUAUCCAAUAUGAAAGUAUCAGCUAUUUAAUUUAUCAUGACUUGAUGGGAGUUGGUGUUUGUGAUAGAGGUGUUAAGGUUGCUGAAAAGAUUCUCAAAUUCUACGACUCUGAACAUAGACUUUACACUUCACAAUAUCUUGCUCUUCCAUAUCAAAAACAAAGUUGGUCCAAGAUUGAAGAAAUGACAAAGUUCAACAGUAGAAUCGAUAAUUCUUACUCUAUUGCUAAAGCUCAAAUUGACAAACUUUAUCUCAAGCUUGUUUUUGAUGAUGUUCGUUCAGCCAGAGAUAUUUCAGAACAAUUGAAUAUGACUGAUUUGGAUGAUUACAUUUAUCACUCAGUCAAGUCUUCAGGAAAGUCUUUCUCACACAAUGAAGAUAUCUCAAUUCUUAAAUAUUUCGGUAAUGAAGAUUUGAAGAAUAAUAUUUUAAUUCCAAAAGAGCUUGUUGAAAGACCAUCAUUGGACGAAUCUUUCACAAAACUCAGAAUUAUUGAAAUUAUUUCUGACUUUGUAGCCAACAAGGAAAUUUCAGUAUCCAAACCACCUAUCCAAAUUAUUAAUCCAAAGAAGAAGAAAUCAGAAAAGGAAAAUCUUGAACAUGCUGCUAAAGUUAAGGAACACGAAAGAAAGGUUGAAAAUGCCAAGAAGGCUUUGAUGAAACUCAAAGAAAAGGCAGAGAAAUUAUUGAAAUCUAUUGAAGGACUUAAUUUACCGAUCUAUGUUUCUCAAAUAAUCAACUAUAUCAUUUCUCUCGUUGGUGAUGAAACCCCAAAGACUGACUUGUUGGACUCUUUCAUUCAAACUUUUGGAUCGAUAGACUUUUUGCAAAAUAAGGAUAACUUACACUUAUUGACCCAUGAAAUCAUUUGGGGACUUACAUUCUUCCAAUUUAUUUAUUCUCUCAUCAAAGAUUUGGGAGCCAAGUCAGACAAGACAUAUGCCUCUCUUCUUCUUAAAUUCAAAUCCACACUUUUACAAAAGGCCACACAAAUUGAUACAUUCAUCAGGGAGAGCAGAAAGAACAUCACUACCCUCUCGGAGAAUACCUCAAUUUCUCACUUUUUCACUUCCCUAUCAUCCUAUGAUUGGGAUGUUGUCUCCAAAGAAGUUUUAUUGGACCUCAACAGUCAAGUUCAUAAGGGUGGCUACUUGAACAAUAAGAUUGAACAAAUUAUCAGCAGUAUGGUAUUCCAAUACAGUAAAUAA